AGGUGCUGCGGCAGCUCGAGGAGGAGCGCGACCGGCAAGCGCAGCUGGCGGCGGAGCUGCAGGCGCAGGUGGACAGCAGCCAGGCGACGCUGCAGGAGUGGCAGGAGGCAGUCGCCGCCCGGGACGUAGCCGUGGCCGAGCGCGACGCGCAGAUCCAGAAUUGGCAGGCGGCAGUGGCUGAGCGCGACUCGCAGCUGCAGGCGUACCAGCAGCAGGAGCAGGAGCGGGCGGAGCGGAGCGCGGCCGAGGAGCCCGCACCCGCCGCCGAGGGGCAGGCGGCGGAGGCGGAGGCGGAGCAGCUGCGGCAGCUGCGCCUGGAGCUGGGCCAGCAGGAGGCGGCGGCGCAGUCGCUGCGGGAAGACGCGCGCGCGGCGCUGGAGCAGCACCAGCGCGUGGAGGCGGACCUGCAGGGCAUGGUGGAGCAGCUGCAAACAGCACUGGACACGCAGACGCGCGAGCUGCAGCUCGCGGUGGAGCACCGCGCCGAGCAGGCGCAGAGGCUCGAGGCCCUGGGCGCGGAGCAGCGGCGCCUGCAGGCCGCGCUCGGGGAGCGCGGGGCCGAGGCCACUGGGCAGUCGGAGGAGCUCGCCGGCGGGGCCGAGGCGGACGCCGCCCGCCUGCGGCAGGAGCUCGCGCAGCGGGACGCGGACGAGGCGGACCGCCGGGCGAAGGCGGCGCAGCUGCUGCAGGAGGCGCUGGCGCAGCGGGACGCCGACGCGGAGCUCGCGCGCGAGGCUGUCGGGAGGCG